GCUCCGAGUCCUUCAGCAAAACGCGCCCUGGUUCUGUCCUCUGACAUGUUCAUUCAUAUUCUCCACGGAAAAUCUCGCACAGUUUAAUACUACCGCCGGCCAAAUGCCCAUUUAUUAGUGGCGAUAGACUUACUGCAUAAAAACUAAUGCGGACGUCCGAACAUUCAAACUCAUCCAUCUCAGACGUUACGAAAGAGCCCGAUUUACAGGAAGCCAAAUUGGUUACAGAGGUAGGUUUUGACCAGGAAAAUGCCAAAGUGACUAUAGAUGAUCUCGAUGAGCGCAAGACCGUUCGUUACAUUGACAUUCGGAUUCUUCCUAUCCUCGCAGCCACUUAUGCUUUUUCGCUUAUCGACCGUAUUAAUUUGAGCUCGGCGUUUGUUUCCGGUAUGGCCAUUGACCUCAAACUCCAAGUUGGCAACCGGUACAGCAUCAUCGCGGUUCUAUACUUCGUUCCCUUUAUCCUAUUCCAGAUCCCCGCCAACGCAAUCUUGAGAAGGGUAGGCGUACGGAACUGGCUAUCAUUCAUCGUCAUCGCGUGGGGGGCAGUACAGCUGGCAAUGGGCUUUGUCAAGCAUUGGGGGUGGCUUGUUUUAUGUCGAGUCUUGAUCGGUUGUUUCGAGGCAGGAUUUGGUCCGGCUAUGGUGUUUAUCAUCUCGACCUGGUAUAAGCGGCAUGAAGUACACAAACGUCUUGCUUUAUUCUACCUUUCAUCCGGGAUGAUUAGCGGUUUUAGUCCCGUCCUAUCAUACGCGUUAAGUUUGUUGAAUGGGAAACAAAAUAUUACUGGAUGGUCUUGGAUAUUCAUUAUCGAAGGAGCCAUAACACUCGCUCUCGGGAUUUUGGUCUACUUCUUCAUACCCGAUUUCCCCGAUAAAAACACCUUUCUCACGAAAGCUCAAACCACUUUCGUUUUGCUCAGAGUCGAAGAAGAUCGGGGUGAUUCCAUUCCGGAUGGAAUCACCACCCGUAAGGUCUUCCAUCACCUCGGCGAUUGGACUAUCUGGAUCUAUGGAAUUAUGCUUGCGUGCUCCACACUGCCGGCUUACAUGCUAACGUUCUUCCUGCCGAUUAUCCUGAGAGGCAUGAACUUUACUACCGCCCAGAGCUUACUCCUUAGUUCGCCCCAGCUUGGAUUUGCGUUCUUGUCAGCCAUGUUCUUCGCGUGGAUCUCGGAUAGAUCGAAGCAUCGAGCGACGUUUAUUGCGAUUCAGUCGCUGCUGACCCUGAUCGGAUGUUCAAUGACCGCAUUUGCUGAGUCCACAGCCGCACGAUAUGCGGGGACAUUCUUCGCUACCGCUGGUGCAAUGGGAUGCAUCCCUUCUAUCCUGGCGUGGGGUGCGAACAACGUUGUAUCGCAUAGUAAACGGUCCGUUCAGUCUGCGGUCACUGUCGCAGGAAGUGGCGUAGGCGGGAUUAUUGCCAGUACGGUAUUCCGUCAACAAGAUUCUCCAGAAUAUAUUCCGGGUCUAUGGGUCACCAUCGGUGCCCAGAUUCUAUGUAUCGGUUUGGCGUUGAUGAUGUCUCUGCGAUUUUACCGCGUGAAUAGGUUGUGUAGGGAAGGCCGUCUCGUUGGUCCUCUCGAGGGUCGAGUCGGGUUUUUCUAUACUACUUGA